UCCUCAAAAUCUUUCCUCCUUUUCUUCCUCUUAAACGUUUUCUAAAGUCUUAAUCAGAUUACUGCUUCGAGACGACGUUUCUAAUUCUUUUUUGUUUUUGUUGUUUUCUUCUAAUUCUUUACAAUUUUAACCUCUAAAUUCCAGAAAACAAAAAACACGAAAUUUGUUGCUUCAUUGAUUCUUUAGGUAUAUUAUUACAAUCAUCUUCAUUGAUCGUUUGAUUCUUUCUUCUGGGUUUUUGUAAAAAUUCGAUCUUUUUUGGUUCGUCGAUUGUGUGUGUGUUUCUUGCUUCGUGUCAGCUUGAAGAAGAAGCAAAAAAUUUCGAGUUUGCGUGUAUUUUGUUUUUCUCCUUUUUCAAGAUUCUAAUUUCAUUUCUAAUCACAAUUUGUUUCAAUUUCGUUACUUUUUCUUGGAAAUUUUUAAAAAAUUUGCAAUUUUUAUCUCCUCCCCCGUUUUUCUCGGAGAUUCAUUUUUUUGUACUUUGGGAAAAAUCUCAGGCGUAGAUAUAGAGAGAGGGAGGUAAAACAAAAAUCGAAGCUUUGUUUUGAUUUGGAGGCUAAAGAUCAAGGCUUUUGAUACUGAAGAGCUUCCAACAUUAUGGGGAAGAACGGCGACGGUUCAUCUCCGAAGUCGCCGUCGACUUCGGACGGAGUAAUGUCGCGAUCAGCUCGGAGCUCGUUUCGUGCUUUGUCUAAUUGCCUUAGGGUGAUUUCUUCUGGUGCUUCUACGGUUGCUCGUUCCGCCGCAUCUGCUGCUUCUUCCGCUGUCAAGAACGUUGAUUCUAAUUACGAUCAGGUACUGUGGGCGGGGUUUGAUAAGCUAGAGAAAGAGGAUGGUGAUGCUCGGAGAGUUCUUCUACUAGCAUUUCAGUCUGGGUUUCAAGUUUGGGAUGUUGAAGAUACAGAGAAUGUUCACGUUAUAGUUUCUGCACAUGAUGGGCAAGCAUUCUUUAUGCAAAUGCUACGGAAUCCACUAAACCCGGAAGUGUUAGGUGACAAGUUCUAUGAGAGCCGUCCGCUUUUGGCUGUGUGUGGUGACAGUUCUUGGGAAGAAAAGUCAAGUAAACAGAUCAGUUCUGAGAACCCCGGAAGUGAAACCGUAGUUACUCCUACAGAUGUCUAUGUCUACUCGUUAAAGUCUCAGUCUUAUGUGCAUACCCUGAAAUUCCGUUCUAUAGUCUAUUCGGUUAGGUGCAGUUCCCGGAUUGUUGCUGUACUGCAAGCAGCUCAGAUACAUUGCUUUGAUGCUACAACAUUGGAAAUGGAUUACAUGAUUGUCACUAACUCCAUUGUCUGUGGCUCCUUGGGUGUUGGAUAUGGCCCUCUUGCAGUUGGUCCUCGAUGGAUUGCAUAUAGUGCAAGUCGUAUUGCUAACUCAGGUUCUGCCGUUUUCACUUCAGAUCUUCUCUCGUUGUCCUCAUCACCCAGUAUUGCACAGCUUGCAAGAGAAUCAAGUAAGCAGCUCGCCUCUGGGAUAGUAAAUCUUGGAGACAGAGGGAUCAGGUCAUUGUCUCGAUACUGCUCAGAGGUUCUGCCCAAUCCGUAUAUUCCUGGUUUGAAAAGCAUUGGAGUUGCUAAUGAAAAUGUGCCAGAUGCAGAUAGUAUUGGAAUGGUUAUUAUCAAAGAUAUCACAAACAAAAGCGUCAUAGCACAGUUUAAGGCACACAAGAGUCCAAUUUCAGCUUUGUGCUUUGAUCCAAGCGGCAUGCUUUUGGUGACUGCCUCGAUUCAGGGGCACAAUAUUAACGUCUUUAGAAUAAUGCCAACAAUAUCUAAAAGUAGGCAUGUAAACACAAAGACUUUUGCCCAUCUGUUCAGGCUUCAGCGCGGUUUCACUAAUGCGGUCAUACAAGACAUCAGUUUCAGCUAUGAUAGCAAUUUGAUAGUGGUCAGCUCUUCAAGAGGGACAAGUCAUAUGUUUGAGAUUAAUCCUGAGAAAGAAACCGAUUCUCCGGUUCCUUUAUCUGCAAUCAAUAGGAUAAGAAGCAAAUAUAGCAGCGGAUGGAUUGGGACCAUGAGUGGUGCAGCAUCUGCAGCAGCUGGAAUGGUUGGAGGCUCUGUUCCGGGUGCAAUCACAUCCUCUUUCUGCUACGGCGAUGAAAAGAGUAACACUAACUACUAUGGUUUUCCUACUGAUUUUUGCUCCAAGACGAAUCUUCUGGUUUUCGCCCCUUCUGGAUGUCUGACAGAGUAUGCAUUACUGGAGAAUUCGGCUGGUCAUGAGAAUGCGGUGAUGACAGGAUACGAUUAUGAGUCAGGUUUAGAGACUGAAGGAAUAUUAGCGGUAGAUCCAAUAAGAAGGUGGUCCAUGAUCCAAAACCAGUCCAGGAGAGAGACGCAAGAUCACAACAGUGACAUAUAUGGAGGUGGAACAUCAGUGGAUUCUAAAAGUAAAGUGUUUCCGGAGGUUGAAAGAAAACAGAGUGUUGAGGAAGCUUGGAAAGUAACUAAGAAAGGAACGACCCCUGUGCAGGACAAGCGUCAUUUGUACAUAUUUGAAGCAGAGUUGCAAACAUAUCUGCCGGCUCAGCUACCCUUAUGGGCAAGGCGAAAUUUUAGGUUUCAAGAACUGGUAUUGAAUCGGGGUGAAGAGAUUAGUGGUGAAGGAGGAGGGGAGAUGGAGAUUUUGGAUAUCCAAACUCGAACAAUUGAAGCAAGAACAAGAGACUUGGUUCCAGUCUGGGGUUAUCUCCAAUCUCCAAGAUCCCAACAAGUGAUGAACGAAUCAAUGCAGAGUCCAAAGAGCACUACAGAAGGUGAAAAAGUGGCUCCUCUGGAGGGUCAUGGAACAGAGACUAAUGUCUGGGCUGUACAUAGCGGAGAAGAGACACAAAGCGAGCCUGUAAAUAAAGAAGAAGGUACUACUGCAGAGGAGAAGAAUCACAGUGAAGAUGAUGAGGAUGUGGUGGAUUAGAAGAAGGUGAAUUUGUUAUUGGUUCUUUUUUUUUUUCAGGCAAACUCGGCUCCAACAACAGAAGAACAAAAAAAAAAAUAUUAACUCUGGAAAAUUGUAUAGAAAAAGGAAAAUUGACAUAUCUUUUAGGUUGUAAAUAGCUUUCUUACUUCUUUUUUUUCCCACAGAAUAUUAUUAGCAUAUUGAUUGAUUCUUUAGGAUGUAAAGAUCAAAAUAAUAAAAAUUUAGUAUUUUCAUCAUUAA